GGAUAAAAAUGACUGAAAGGAUGAGGCUGCGGUCUUCUGUACCCCCUGAAGAAAGAGAACUUGAGAUUAAAAGAAAAAAGCAAGAAAUCGAGGAAAAACUUAACAGGCCUAUGAUAGAGUACUCAGGUAAAAUAAACUAUACAACCACCUUUUUAGAUUGUGCUUUUACUUGUGACGAUUUGCUAUCAAUAGCAGACAAUUGUUCUGAUGAUCAUAUGGUGGUUGGUUUCGAUAUGGAGUGGAGUUUUAACUUUCAAACAGGCCCCGACAGAACAGCUCUAAUUCAGAUAAGUCCCACUUUAGAUGUUUGCCACUUAUUACACAUUUCAGAAUUAAGGAGUCUCCCGAAGGGUUUAGUUAAGUUUUUAGAACACCCUAAAGUACGAUUAACAGGCGUUAAUAUCAAGAAUGAUGUAAGGAAACUUUCUCGAGACUUUAUAGGUUUCGAUGCAGAAAAACUUGUAAAUAAUUGUAUUGAUUCUGGUGUCAUGGCAAAUACUGUACUGCCUGUAACACAAAGGUGGAGUAUGGAAAAGUUAGUGGACUAUGUGUUAAAAAUGAAAAUAAAUAAGGACAAGAAAGUUAGAAUGAGCCGAUGGCAUAAAGUACCUUUAAGAACAGAUCAACAAGUUUACGCUGCUAUAGAUGGAUAUGCUUCCCUCUUGCUUUACCACGAACUGAAAAAGAUUGAGUCAAAUUUAUCUCCUGAAACAAUUAAACAAUAAGAAAAACCUUACCUUGUAAUUUAUUAUACUUUAUUUUUUGUUUUGCUACAUAUUAAUUGAUUAAUUUCUGUGAGAAUUAUACUUUAUAUUUAUAUUUUGAUUAAAUAAAACUUACAUAGAAAAAAUGAGUUUAUUAAUGUGCUAUUAUAGAAAUGGAUAAAUGUAUUAUAGAAAUUUUCAUGAAUCUGUUUAUUUUGAAAAUCACAGCACUCUAGAUAAGUCUACAGUCGCACAG